UUCUCUUCCAAUUCCCCUUCACAGCAUGCUAUCGGGACACACGUAUCUCGACCUACCACUUUUACAAUAUUUCAAAAUGUGUCUUCGAUCACUGAAGAAACAUUCGAGGUCAGGCAAGAACCCUACUUGAUCCAAACAGAAUGUAUCGUGCUCUUCGCUCAAAUAGCCCUUCAAGGGACGAGUCUCUAGGUGCCGAAAAAUUUGUAGAAGUUCCCGAAAAUCAUGAUCCGAAAAAUAUUCUCCACAGGAAUCUCUCGUGGUUUCUCUUCCUACUUUCAUUGAUCGUUAAUUUUAGUCUUGUCGUCGUCAUAACGAUGAGAAGAGAUGUUCCCCAGUGUUUGGAAAGCUCAAAAUUUGGUUUGUUGUUCCCUAACAAUCGAGCCAGUCUCACCUCAUCAAAAUACUGACCAUUUAAUUUCCAGCCGGGUUGAAAAGAACAGUUCCAAAAGCAUGGACUCCAAAUAGUGGUGCAAAUGAAACCGAGCAGGAUGCGCUCUGGGACGAAACAAGCUAUGACCGUGGUCAGAUUGCUCUUGACGACGACUACGCGAAGGGGAUGGGACUCGCCAGGGCUCAGCGAUUUCCUUGGGACCAAUCGAAAGGAAUUUAUCUUAUAAAUGCAUAUCAUAACACACAUUGCGUUGUAAGUACAUCAUUUUGAAGAACUCACAAGGAGAAUUUCUAAAGCUGAUAAACAAACUAGAAAACCAUUCGAACGUCAGUGGUAGAGUUUCACAAUGACGUGCCACAGAGCUCGCCAUAUCUUCAUGUCAUACACUGCUUGAACGUACUUCGCGACGAAGUUGUGUGCAAUGCUGAUGAUACUCCACGAUACACAGGAUUUCAAGAAAACCAGAAGAGCGGCUUGGGGCAAGUACGUAUGUGUCGUGAUUGGAAGCAGCUGGAGGCCUGGGCUGAUGAACACACUGCCUGUUGGAGACACGUUGGAGAAAUAAGGGAGGAUGGAUUCCGCGAAUUGGACAGAUACCGUUUCUGUCCACCUGGAUUGCCUUAUGAAGAGAUGGCUAAAACUGCAUGGCUUCGUCCAGGCCAGAGCAUCGAGUAACGCGCGUUAAUAGCGCAGUGUUUCAAUGUGAAUAUGACUUAGAUCUUAUGAUUUUUAAAG